AUGUUUAAUACGGCUUCUUCUUGGAUUUUGAUAUUUCUUCUUAUUAUCAAUUCCAUAUCUAAUGUUCGUGGUAUUGAUUGGAAUGGAAAUAACUGGGCUUUCGGUUGCGACUUCAAUGGUAAUGAUUUAAGUAAUGUUCAAAUCCGUGGUGAAGAUUGUGGUGGCUUAUGUGAUAAAACCCCGGGCUGCACUCACUUUACUUGGACUACAUGGAAAGAUGGUACUUGUUGGUUGAAAAAAGGACCAAUUUCAAAGAAUCAAGCUUUGGAAACAGACGACAAAACAAUGGUCUGCGGAGUAGUGCAUGACUCUGACACAAGUAUCGGACCAACUUCGAAUGACGGCUUAAUAGGUCCAUUGCUCAACCGAGUUCUUGCAACACGGCAUGGUGCUCAUGAAGCUGGUGCAUGUGCACUUCCAACAUCAAGCUAUGCUGUUGUUCAUCCUGUAGCUCUAGGAAAUAUUGAAGCUUUGCAACAUCUCAAAUUCCGACCAGAUCUAUGUGGUCAAGUUCUCAGAGUUAAUUGUGGUAAUGGACCAUUGGAUAUUAUCGUUACAAACUCAAAUUUAGGAGGUGGACUUGAUCUAUAUGCUUCGACUUGGAACAAACUUACUAACAAUAAACCUCCCGGAGAGACUUCAUGCACGGUUCAGUUGACUUCUCGCAAUGCUUUCAAUUUCAAUGGACCUCGUUGCUACUACAAACCUGGCACUGAUUAUAAUAACCCUUAUUACCAUAAUGUUGGACUUUUGAACACCAAUGGACGAAUCCUUAGUCGAGCUACCAUAGAUAAUCGAUCAGGAGAACAUCGAGGUGCUAAUCCUUAUUAUGCGUUCAACUUUGGUCCACUUGAUGGUAAUAAACAAGUUAUUUUUACUUUCGAAGAUGGAAGUACUCAUUCUGUUUUGUUACGAGAAUGUGAGUAUCAACAGAGUGAACAGCUUUGGAGCUAA